GCCGCCACGGCGCCGGAGACCACCGCGCUAGUAAGCUUUGAAAAGAGGAGAUGAACAGAGCGGCAGAGACAAACCCCGAGGAGGACGGCGGCAUCGUCGCUGCGACCGCCGCCGCCGCCGCCGCCGCCGUGGAGCCGCAGGUGGUGGUGGUGGAGCGCGUGGUGACGGUGGAGUACCUGGAGCCGUCCAUGUCGCGGGGGCUGCUCGGCAAGUUCCCCGACCCCUCCGCCUUCGACUUCGACUACUCCCAGAGCGGCAUCUGGUCCCCGCUGAACAAGGUGCCCCGCGCGUCGCCGGCGCCGUCCUCCGGCGGGGAAGGGGCCAAGGGCUCCAGGGACUUCCUCAUCGCCAACCCGAAGCGCAGGUCGAGGGCCGCCGGUGGCCGGACGUCGUCGAGGUCUCGGCUCCGGCGGCUGAGGCUCCGGCGGGACGGGUCCUUCCUGCAACUCCACGAGAUGGGGCGCGCGAAGCUGGAUUUCUCGCCGCCGCCGUCGCCUCUCCCGGCCAAGGAAGAAGGGUGGAGACGUGUGCUCAAGGCGGUGAUCAGGAAGUUCAAGUCGCGGCAGCGCCGAUCCCGGCCGGCACCCCUGCUCCAGAUGAUGCUACCAACGUUAUGAUCGAUCGAUCGAUCAAGCAGCACUCGAUCUUGUUCAGUUCAAUGUUGGAUCACCACGUAUUCUUUAAGUUGGAUUAGAAAUUUAGAAUCCCCGGGCGCCGCCACACCCCCCUCGUGUAUAAUAAAAAAGUUACCGAGUUUAUUCAUACCACUCGUAAAUUUGAGUAAGUUGUACUGUACUGGAGUAAUUUGUAACGACGCUGUCGAUAGUAAAUUCAGUAAGUUACUGAAUUUAUUCAUACCAUUCAUUUAUAAAUCUAAGAGUAAAGUUGCAU